AUGUUAAAUGAAGCCUUUUUCUCAGGCCUAUGGGCCUCUGCAGGCAAUACAUUAGGAAAGCUAGCGGGAACACAUUCAAUAGUAGGUGACAGUUAUGUGAUUUGGGCAAUAAUUCUCAUCAUUAUGGUGUUGGUGAACACAUGGAGUCUGAGACAUUACAUGAGGUCACUUGAUGCAGCUCCAAGUACUGUUGUACCUACUGUGGUGUCCUCGGCAUCCAGCUAUGUCCUAUCGGGUUUAUUAGGCAUCAUCCUUUUUAAUGAGUCCACUUCAAUGAAAUGGUGGUUUGGUGCUUUACUUAUUAUAGCUGGACUGGUGUUAGUAUCUCUUCCACGCUCAAAGUCAAAACAUGUCUCCGCCAGAUCAUGA